AUGGACCAAGUCCGCGGUAGCACAAACCCAGAGGUACAGGCCACUGCUUGGAUGUGGAUGAUGAUGAGUACCACAUUGUUUGUUGACAAGAGUGGGGGUGGUAGAAUACAUGCACAGUUGCUGCACGAGCUUUUUGAUGACCUUGAUGGUGUUUCAAGUCGUUUCUGGGCAUCUGUGACUCUAGCAUACCUUUACCGCCAGUUAGGGGUUACUAGUAUAGGUGGUGUCAAGCAGAUGGGGGGAUGUUUGACCCUAUUGUUAGCCUGGAUAUAUGGGUAUUUCUCGAUAUUCCGGCCUCAUAACCCACACCAGGUGGGCAAUGGAUCUAGAGCUGCACAAUCGAAACCAGCCGCGUAUACUGCUGUAGAGGGAGAGGUGCGAUUGAAGAAGUUACGGAAGGACCUUGACAGCUUAUCCCCGGAUGAUGUGGUGUGGGAGCCAUUCGGUAAAGAGAUGUACAAGAUGGUGCCUAAAACGAUUUUCACUGGAUGGCUCGCUUUCAGGAAUUUUGUUGAGCCAUACAUGCCAGAUCGCAUGCUUCGACAGCUUGGUUAUGUGCAGAUAAUUCCUAUGCCAACUGUUGUCCCGCAACUUGCAUUGAGGGCGAUGAGUGGCAACAACUACAAGGUUGAGUUUUCAGAAGUGUAUGCGGGUAAUGCUUGGCUUAGAUUCCCUCAGUCAGGAUGCCUUAUUCUCAGCUCGUACACUCGUUCGACGAAGGCAGCAUGUGCUGAUGAUUAUCUCUACUGGUUCUACCAUUAUUUCCCAUCCUAA